CUUUGUCAUGCUUUGUUGCGACUUACUUUCGCCCGUCAUCGCAAGCAAUGGUAGUUGUUACAGACUCAAGCGUGGUGGACGGACCAAGCGGUUCAAGGCCAUCUACGCCCUUGUUGGUUCCUUCAAAGAAACGCAAGGUCACGUCUAAUCCUGAAGCAUCUCCUGCACCCAACGACCCAAACAAUCCAAGCACAGCAGCCAAUGUUGCUCUACCCACCCGAAACGACUUCUUCUCUCGUCCUCGUCUUACAAUAUCGCGGUGGCCUACCUUCACGGACACUUCUAUAAUGUAUCAUGCCACAGAACAACUUGCUAUGAACCGUAUGGCCUUCAGAUACGUCCCAGCAGGCGUUUCGCCCCCUGGUUCUGCCCUCCCAUGUCGAACAAUCGAAAGUCUGCCCACGAGCUACAGAGUUAGCUGGGAGGAUCGCAGCUCUUUUGUCAAAGUCACUCCUGAUGGCCUGGGGUUAAUUGGUGAAAGAGGUUUUAGGAGUGCGCGAUGUAAUGCACCCGUCCGUGAGGGCAAGUGGUAUAUGGAGGUUCGCGUCGAGGAUGGCGGAGGAGAUCGAUCUACUCAUGCCCCAGAUAUCAACAUGCGUCAAGGAAGUCAUGUCCGACUUGGCUGGGCGCGACGAGAAGCGCCUUUGAAUGGUCCAGUUGGCUUAGAUGCAUAUUCGUACGGCUAUCGUGACAAUGGUGAUAAGGUCUAUCUAUCACGCCCUCGCCCUUAUGGUCGUUCCUUCCGUAGUGGGGAUGUUAUUGGCAUGUACAUAUCCCUUCCACCUCGAUGCAAACCCGAUCCCCGUGACAGUCAUGACCCCGCACAUAUUCGACGCGAACGCAUCCCUAUCGAGUUCAAGGGCCAGGAGUAUUUCGAAAGUCUCGAGUAUCCCCAGAGCAAGGAGAUGACCACUCUUAUGGACUUCUCUAAUAAAUCAAGUAAUACGGCAUCACUCCCAUCUGCCUCUUCAAACAAGAAGGCUGCGUCAACAAAAAACCUCCCGGAGCGAGGCGCACGUCCUGGACAGGUACCAGAAGCCCCCGUUCUUCGCCCUCUACCAACCUUGUCAGGAUCUCACAUCGCGUUCUUCGUCAAUGGCGAAUGUCAAGACAUUGCGUUCGAAGACCUAUUCGAUUACCUGCCUUUGCGCACGACGCCUGCGUCGAGGAAGAAGGAAAAAGACAAGAAACGAGCGCGUGAAGGGGCUCCUCGGGAACAUAAAGAAAACCCUUUUGAUGACGGAACGCUGGGGUAUUACCCAUUCAUUUCCUUAUUCAACUAUGCCCGCGUGCGCAUAAACCCAGGCCCAAAUUUUGACUUUCCGCCUCCCCCUGACAUAGACAGUGUGCUCAAGAACACUGAUCACAAUGUAAAUCAAGCUCAGACUUGGCGUCCCAUUUGCGAGCGGUACCCGGAAUUUAUGAAGGAGCAGUGGGAUCUGGACGAUCAAGAAGAAGAAGAGGCUGCACUGGACGCGGCCAAAAGAGCCGAGGUCGAGAAAAUCGAGGCACAAAAGAAAGUGCAGAGGGAAAAAAGCAGACAGCAGACUGAAGCUCGGAAGAGGGCCAAGAAAAACGCAGAGUUACGAGGAUCUUCGGUUGCGAGUGCCCAUGGUUCCACAACGGAACAUGCAGCUCCUAGUGGUGACCGUCUUGGGUCGUCUGUCUUGAUCGCGUCUACAUCGCAAGCGACAGAGCGUGGAAUGGAUCAAAUACACUCCCCUGCACCAACAGCUGCGUCAAGUGGUGAUCUCAAUCACGUCCUAGAAGCGGAGAGUGGGUACAACUCUGAGGUCAUCGAAGGAGAUGGAGAAGAAGAGCAACACGACGGAUUCGCGGCAGCCGUGGAUCAUCACGAUGACGAUGACGACGAUGACGAUGAAGCGUUUAGGGAAGCCGCAAGCCCUUACCGCAAAUCACGGACACAAAAUAAUAGUUCUUCUGUCAUGGACAUUGACCUAGAAGAUCUACUGUAAUACAUAAGUACCUCACAUGUGUGAUCAGAUAUGCAGAUGAAGGACGACAAGAAACGUGAAAUAUGCAGAAGCAGUGACCGAGAGCGCAGUACAUUUUGGUCUGUCACUGAGCCGCGUGGGAGGACGUUGAGUGAAACCUUCGAGAUAAUUCAACUAUCCGAUUGCGGUUAGGAAAGGUGAUAUGGGACUCGGGCGACUCGCAA